GACUUUGACUUCAUUUUCGCUCGCAACUCGCCUCGCAGUGUAUGCGUUUUUUCGCUGUAGAUUGUUUUGAUGUAAAAUAAGUGCAAAUAUUUAAUUUUUUAAUAAAAUUUAACUUUAAUAGCAAAUCAUAAAUGGCUUUAUCUGAAAAACUAAUUCAACUUGUAAGAAAGUGUCCGAUUCUGUAUGAUUUGUCACACGAAGAUUACAAAAACACUAAAAAGAAAGAAAGAGUUUGGGCAGGAAUUGCAGCAGAAUUAAAAGAAGGAACUGAUGAUGUAAAAAAGCGAUGGAAAAAUUUAAGAGACACAUAUUUGCGAUACAUUAAGGGAAAGAAAACAAAAUCUGGUAGAAGAUGGCAGUGGGCCUCUGAAAUGGAAGCAUUUGAUCCUCCCUUGACAUUCGAAUCAAGAAAAUGGUCUUCAUUUGAUCAAAAAUGCGAUUACAAUCAACUGGACACGGACACUACCACCACAGAAAAAUCAAAUCUAGAUCCAAUUAAUCCUGAUUUUGUGGAGGAGGAGGAAGAAGAGGAAACAUCAUAUGAUGAAUCUAAUUUCAUGGAAUUUCCACAGCCAAUAGAGACAAAAAUUAUUCCACAACAUUCCAGCUCAACACCCAUGUCGCAAUCAAAAAAGAGAAAAAUCAAACAAGAAACUGAACUAGAUUCUACAAUGGAAUCCUUAGUCAAAUACCUAAAGCAUCAGGAACAACCCGAAUUGGAUGAAACUGAUUUGUUGUUCUUAGCUUAUGCUCGUAAUAUAAAAACAUUUUCGAAGAAACGACAAGCUGUAGCAAAAAUGAAAGUUUGUCAAGUUAUAAUGGAACAGGAAAUUGAAAAUAUCGAUGAUCAAUCAACAGAUGUUAAUCAGGAUGUAAGCUACCGCAUUUCUAACUGUCCAAACGAAACGGCUACUCAUAGUCGACAGAAUUCACCAGAGCACCAGUUAAUAAGCUAUCAUGAUAUAAAACCAUGUCGUGAUGUUUAGAUAUUAUUUACUCUUUAAAUUAACAUUAACAUUAUGUAAGUUGUUGUAAAAUAUGAUAAUAACAUUUCGUGAAUUUUCACAAGACCUUAACCAAA